AUGGAGCCAGGCGAUCCUUGGGGUGGCCUGACAGCCGAGAAGCUGCUUUCCACCAUGCAGCAGGCUCAGGAUGUUCAGCGCGGUAGGCUGGAUUCCCGCAAGCUCCGUGCACCCGUGUGCCUGGACGGUGGAGAAGUGACGAGGCAUCCCAAGAUGCAGAAGCUCCUGAAAGCUAUGCCAGACGUUCGUCGGGACUACGUGCGCGAGCUCGAUACCGCGCUGGUCGAGAGCCGAGGUUCCAGCAAUCCGGAUGACAUCAAGAUGCUGCGAGAGCAGAUCGAAGGUGCCAUCAAGGAGAUGAACUCUGAGAUAGGUAAGAAUCCGAAAGCGUUGGAUGACCUUUUCAGAGAGACGGCUUCGAAAAUGGCAGUGUGUCCCAUGGUGGCCCUGCUGCCACCGACUCCUGCGAAGAAUGGAAACCGAGUUGAUCGCUGGGAGUUCCUGUGA